AUGGUGAUGAUGCCGCAAGGGAGCAGCAGCAGCGGGAGUGCCGCCGGCAUGAUGAGCGGCGGGCAGUGCGCCGUGGGCGGCGCACUCAACGAGCCUUCAAGAUGUCAACCAUGGGCGUUUCUUCACCAAUCGCCGCCUUCUGGUUUUCAAGUAUCGUCUGCUGCUUCUCAAGAAACUGCGGCUUCUCAAGAGCCAUCUGUGGCUUCCCAGAAAUCAAUUGUUGCUUUUCAAGAACCCCUAAGAUCCGUCCGCCGUGACUCCUGCUCCCAGCAAUCACUGUCUAGCUCCCCUCCCUCCAUUCACCCUCGCAGCCGCCGCUGCUAUUCCCCCUGCACGUCCCCUUCUUGUUCCCUGGUCGUCCCUCACGCCCCGUCUGCCGUCUCCCCCACUCGAUCCGCCCCUCACUCCCCACUCCUUAACACUCCCCCCGUCGCGCGCCCCACUCGCUCAACCACUCUCCCUCACACGCCCUCCCCCCGCUCCUCCUCUGCCGCGCCGCCAGCUCGCUCGCUCCGCGGAACCUUCCGGCGGCUGCUGCAGCGCUGCCAGCUGUCGGAUGACGUGGCGCUGCAGGCGCUGGAGGGGCGGCUGCAGCUGCUGGACGCGCACAGGGCGCUCAGCAGCGUGCGAUGCCAGCAGUUCGUGACGGCGUUUGAGGGGCCACACAGAGGGGGUGCCGUGCUUGACUCAUCUCAGGGAGCAACUGCGGCCGAGUCGACGCACAGGGCGCCCAGCAGCGUGCGGUGCCAGCAGUUCGUCACAGCGUUCAAGGGACCGCUGAGAGUGGCGGCAUUUGAGGGGCCACACAGGGAGCUCAGCAGGACACGGUUGGCCACCUCAGAAUCAUGGGGUGAUGAUGCUGAUUGUGCUGCUGGAGCUCCGGGUGCUUACGGUGCUGAUGGUGCUGGUGACGCUGAUGGUCCUGUCAUGGGAGCUGUGGCUCUUGAAGCACGAGAACCAACUGGUGGGGGGCCGACUGAGGCGGAUUUUGCCGACGAGAAUUCCAGCGACGAUGGGGGCUCCACUGGAGCGGGGCAGUGCACACCGCAUGCGCGCUCCUGGAUGGCAGAUCUGGCAUAUUAUAAUGAACCCAGAAGGUCCAAUUCGUUCCACCUGACUCCUUCAUUCACUUCCACCCGCUCUCUCGCCUCAACCCCGUCCUUUUCUUCCACUCCCUCCCGUGGCUUGUAUCCCCUCGGCUCAACCCCGUCUCUGGACUCAACUCCCUCUUACACCUCCAACGGCGAUCAUAGGUUGCAGGUGGCGCCGUAUGGCUUUUGCUCCGGUAUACCUCUAUUGCAAUAA